UGGAGAUUAAUUUAAUAUAGUUGUGUUAUAAUGGUUAAAAAAAGUAGGGCAUGGUAAACGUUGACUCACUAAGUCAUUCUGCUCUCUUUAUGGCUCAUUUCAAGUUUGCUUCUGGCAUAUUUGAUGGGGUUUGUUGAGAUCCACGGCAGUCAAUGCUGAGGAAAUGAACUGCAAAUGUUGGUUUCAAUCGAAGAUGGACACAAAAUGCUGGAGUAACUCUGCAGGACAGGCAGCGUCUCUCGAUAGAAGGAAUGGGCGGCGUUUCGGGUCGAGACCCUUCUUCAGUCUGAAGAAUGUAUUGUAUUAUUGAUAAUUAUAUAUUUAUCUGUUUGUUACUGUGUUUACGGGCCUGUUAAACUGUAGAAAGCAAGCAUUUCACUGAUCCGUUACCAGUACAUACGACAAUUCUGUAUUGUGGCACGGUGGCACAACGGUAGAGUUGCUGCUUUACAGCGCCAGACACCCGGGUUUGAUCCUGACCAUGGGUGCUGUCUGUAAGGAGUUUGCACGUUAUUCCCGUGACCUGCAUGGGGUUUCUUCGGGAUCUCAGGUUUCCUCCCAUACUCCAAAGUCGUGCAGGCUUGUAGGUUAAUUAGCUUGGUCUAAUUAUAAAUUGGCCCUAGUGUGUGGGACAGUGUUAGUGUGCAGGUAUCACUGGUCAGCAUGGACUCAGUGGGUCGAAGGGCCUGUUUCUGCACUGUAUCUCGAAACUAAACUAAAAUUAAACACUCUUGACUUGCCCUAUUCCCAGACCAAGUCACUGGUCUGAAUCUGACUUUGACUUUGACAUCGGGAGAAGAAUAGAGAGCAGGGGAGAGACAAGACUUUGCCUUCCAUCACAGUGAGGAGGAGAUUCACUGUGAUGGAUGUUUGUGUAAAUUGUGUUGGUGUGUGUCUUGGUUCUUUUCUUGUUGUAUGGCUGCAGAAACCAAAUUUUGUUUGAACUUCAUGUGAGGUUCAAAUGACAAAUAAAUGGUAUUGUACGGCAUUGCAUUGGAGUGAGAACAAGAAUAGGGUUUAAAAGCUUAACUGGUGUGUAUGAAUCAACUGCUUUCCAGAUGAACUUGCUGAGCUACUGAGACAGCUAGCUGUAAGUGUCUAAACAUUUCUGUUCUGUCUUUGUUGCAGAUACCACACAAUGGGAACUUUUAUAUACAUAAAGACUCUGGUGUUAAUGGGUAUUGCACAAGGUCUGGCCCAGGACAGAAUUAUUGGAGGAUCUGAGGCAGCCCCUCACUCUAUUCCAUAUCAAGCCUCCUUGCAGAUACGAUCCGUGCAUUACUGCAGUGGAAGUUUAAUUAACCGCAGAUGGAUCCUCUCUGCAGCUCACUGUGUGAAACCGUAGGUUCCUUCCAACAUAAAUCACAUCUAUUUAAGUGGGAAAUCAAUUUUAAAAGCCUCUGGCUGCACAACGUAACCUGUGGUUGUUUUUGUCAUCCUAGUCCAUACCUCAUCACUAUUGUCUUGGGAGAGCACAGUUUGUCUAAGUCUGAUGGCAAUGAGAAGUACUACAGAAUCGCUAAGCUUAUCAUAUUUCCAUAUUACCAACCGGCCACGUUCAAACACGACAUCAUGCUUCUGAAGAUGAACAGACCAGCAAAUCAGAAUGCAUAUAUCAGCCCCAUACCGAUUCCAACUUCUCGUAAAACGGUGGCUGCAGGUACGUUAUGUACAGUGUCAGGAUGGGGAGUCACCACUGUUUACAGUUACAGCCUGUCAGAUGUGCUCAUGGCUGUUCAAGUUCCUAUCAUUUCCGUCUAUAAGUGCAACAGACCUUCCGCUUACAAUGGAAGAGUGAAUAACUACAUGAUCUGCGCAGGCUAUUCCAGAGGAGGCAAGGACUCUUGUCAGGGCGAUUCCGGAGGGCCAUUGAUCUGUGAUGGAGUCAUUCAAGGAAUUGUCUCCUGGGGUAUCAGUUGUGCACAUUACAAAUACCCAGGAGUUUACACAAAUGUAGCCAAGUACAUCAGGUGGAUUAAAAGAAAAAUAAUACUUUGAGUACAGCCACACUCACCAUUCCUGGUUACUUAUGGAAAUACUUUAGCUGAUACCUGGUUAAUUAUUAUUUUUUUGCUUAUAUUAGCCCUAAAAUCCACACUAAAUUUUCCAAAAUUGCCUUUUGUUGUUGGGCCAAUUAUUGCAACACACAAUUAUUCACGCAUUAAAAAAAAAAAAAAUUAAUUGAAUCUGGCAACUAACAAUUUGUCUUUAAUUAUAAUCAUUAAGUUAAACAGAAUUGACACCCAUGGAGUUAAUUGUUGACAAGAGAAAUCUCCUGCUGUGAAACUUUUGGAACCUCCACUUGCCAAUGUCAAUUCGGGAAUGAAUUUCUCUUGAAGACCAGGCUAUUUUUUUCCUCUUUUAUUAGUGGAAGGAGCAGCUUUCAUCAUCAUACACAUCACAUGCUAGUGCUUUAGUUCACCACACGAUUGCUUUGUACCUUCAGCAGCUGUAACUCCAUGUCCUACAGCUUACAUUAUCUUUCGCUGCAAUGGGUUGAACAGGUAGCAUAAGCCCCAUCCGUUUUGCUUACUGCAUCUUUUCUUCUGGGCCAAUGGACACAUUAAUGGAUGCCCAAUGUUCACCUGUUAAAUCCCAGUUCGGAUGCUUUUAGGCAAUGGUUAACCAUCCAGCCACUGUGGGCCUUAGAUGCAUUCUACAGGGAUUCCACUGUCCUCUUCAUGGAAUCAUACAGCACAGGAUCAGGCCAUUCAACCCAACUCAUCCACACUGACCAGUGUGGGUACCCUUCCUUAUCAAUCCUGUCACCUCUACCCUUAGGUCCAUAGCCCUAUAUGUAAAACUCAUGCAAGUGCUUAUUUCAACAUUUCCUAAAUGCUGUCCGUGACACAACCUUAACCACUAUCUCAGGCAGUUCACCAUUCUCUGGGUGCAGAAGGUUCUCCUCAUGUCCUCAUUAAAUUUCUUCCCCCCACCUUUAGCCUCUAUUCCAUGUCUUCUGUUUAUGUCUGCCUCUCGUAUGAGGAAAAGUUUCCUGUAGUUUCACCUAUCUGUAAUCGUCAUACCUUUCUAUCCCUCAAUCAUGACCCCUCUUAACCUCCAUCGCUCCAGAACAGAUCUAACUUGUCCAGCCUCUCCUCAUGGCUGAAUAUUCCAUCCCUGGGAACAUCCUGGUGAAUUCCCUCUGCAUCUUCCCCAGUGCCAUCACACCCUUCCUAUAGGGUUUUGACCAGAACUGCACGUAGAACUCCAGCUGAGGUCUAACCAAGGCUUUAUAAAGUUGAAGC